CUUGAAUCCAUUCACCUUAAUUGAUUGACGCAGAACCCAACAUGGAAGACACAGAUCUCAGUAUAGAUGACCAGGACUUCAGCAGUGCAGAGGAACACAGGCUCCAUAGGGAGUGUGGCAUCACUUGUCACCUCUCCUCUCACAAACCGUUCUGCGGGAAAAUCAAAGCAUUUCCAGAAGACUUUAAGGUCAUUGAGAUCAACAACGAUGGAAACCUGGUUUGUCCUCCUGAGGACGUUCCGAAAGGAUGGGAUCCCACCAAAUUCCGUCGAGAGAAAAUCAGUGUUGGAUCGGAAGAAGGUGACCCAAUCACAGAGGCAGAAAAGUCUGACAGACCCAGUGAUGAUAAACAUCAGGGUGAUACAUUUUCAGUUGAAGGUGCACAGCAAGAAGAGAGGAAAGCAAAGGAUGAAGAGAAAGUUUUGAUAGAGGAUGAUCUGCAUAAAGUUGAUGGGAAAGAUUCAGCCCCAGAAUCAGUCAGUACUGAUAAGCACCAGGAAAAGAAAGUAAAGAUGGGAGAGAAACUUUCCGUUCAAGACGAUUUGGCUACAGUAAAGAGAAUAGAAAGUGUGGUGAUGGGGAGUACACCAGCCUCACACAAUAGACAUGCACAGGACCAAAGUAGCUGCAGUCAGGAAUCCGUAGAAACCACUUCCAUUUCUGCAGGAGAUGGAAUGGAAAAAUGCCGGGAUAGCAGCCAUGAAGGAGACAAGACAGGAACUGAAGAAGCUGUUACUCUGGACAUGGAAGGAAUUCUUGGAGAAGAGAGAAUCAAUCUGCUGAAAGACUUUUCCAACCAAAUAUUGGAAGCUGAAAAAGAAGGACAGUGUGAUACAGACGUUACUAGUUCGGAACUGUUGUUGGGAAGGUUUGACUCCAAAAUGGAGCGGUCAAUCCUGCAUAAAGAGAUAAAGUCCAGAUAUCCACACUUGAAAACUACAUCAACUGACUGCUAUUUCAAUGUGGUACCAGACAAGACUUAUUGGUCAUUUUGUUCCUUACUGGAUAAAAGAGUUGUAGAUGACUUCAUGAGGUUUGUGAACAAGAGGGAAACCUCAGAAGUGUUUAAGUUUCCAGAGUGUCGCUCGAAGGACCAGAGAACUGAGCUACACAGGGCCGUGGCGAGGCAUUAUGGGUCCUUCCUGGAGACAAAGACUUUUGCAGAGGAAGGGGAGGGGAGUUUCAUUGUUGUACGGUUCAGGGAUAAGGGGAAGAAGAGGAAGAACUGUGAAGGCAAAACACCUGUGACAUUCUAUACAAGUUUCACCCUGUGUAAGACGAACCUGGAGACACUUGACGUGAUCCAGCGGCUGGCCAGGUGCAUCUCGGCUCACCCCUCCGACUUCAGCUACGCAGGUGUAAAGGACAAGAGGGCCAUCACCUGGCAGGCCAUGGCAGCCAGGGGGGUCACAUCUGAUAGACUGCGCUCUGCUGCUGCCCACCCCUGCCUGAAGGAUGUGAAGAUGGAGAACUUCCUCCUCUGUCAGCAGCCUCUGCGUCUGGGCAACCUGGCAGGGAACGUCUUCAAGGUGCUGCUGAGAGACGUGAGGCUGUGUGAGGGGGAUACCAGAAACAGGGACCACCUGGAGGCUGUGGUGAGGACUGCCAUGAACAUCGUUAAGGACAGAGGCUUCCUUAACUACUUCGGGCUGCAAAGAUUUGGGUCAGCAGACAGCAAGUCUUUCGCCCCCCACGUUGGACGAGCCUUGCUGAAAGGGGACAUGACUGCGGCUGUCGGAUGUCUGCUACACCCCGAUCCCGCUGACGAUCCUGUCAACACGGCGAAAGCGUACUACGCGCGAACAGGAGACAUUCCAGGCACCCUGGCCCGCAUGCCAGCGUACAAGACGCGGGAGUGCCUGCUCCUGAAGGCCUUGCGCCGACACGGGACAGACCACGAGGGCUGCACCAAGGCCUUCCUGAACGUUCCCCACGCCAUGCGCUCCCUGUUCGUGCACAGCUACUGCAGUUUGGUGUGGAACCACAUGGUGUCCAGCAGGAUCCAAACGUACGGCUGGCGGGCAGUGGAAGGAGACUUGGUGCUGGAAACCCACUCUGGAAACAGAAAGGUAAGAACUGUCACCAAAGCAGACGUGGAUCAAAGCAAGUACUCCAUCCACGAUGUCGUCCUCCCAUUGCCAGGCAACAGCAUCCAGUAUCCUAGCAACCAGCUGGGGGAGGAGUACACAAGAGCGCUACAAGGGGACGGAAUUGAGAGGAACAGCUUCCGGAUGCGUGCACUAAAGUUGAACAUCCCCGGAGACUACCGGCAUGUGACUGCCCAGGUGAAGGCCUUAGAAUGGGAGCUGCUGCGCGAUGGCGAUCUUCAACAAGACUUACGAUCCGCUGCUAUGACACGGAAGUCGUUGGGAACCGAUUCUCCAUCUCAAACAUCCGCUGGAGGUGUUGGAGGACGUGACACGCGGCGGGGGGAGGGUUCAACCACAAAUGGCUCGGUGUCGCGGGAGACGCGUGGCUCGUCGGAGGGAACGGACAGUGAUGGUUCCCACGGUGACAGCUUUCAUGUGCGUACCCAGUUCGUGCUGGACCCCUCCUGCUACGCCACCAUGUUUCUGCGGGAGGUAAUGAACACAUGAUAUAGCAUGUCAGCAGGCCGGGGUCCCCGGACGGUGGGCCGGGAUGGGGAUAUAAUCCAUUAGUGAGAGCAAACACAACAGACCAGCCCUCAUGUGGAGUUUCUGAGGAUCGUAUGAAUACAAACUUCCGUAGCUUCUGCUUUGAACAGUGACCAUGCUGACUUGGGUUUUGGCACCAACUUGAUUGAUGCCAUUAAACUUUCAAGUACACUGAAAAGUAUGGGAGGAGGCUGAAAUGAACUGUCAAGUUUUGUGAUCGAGUGGCAUACUUAGGAUCAGAUCACGGCUAGAUUCAAUGGUUAGGGCUCUCCUACAAUGGCACCUGUAAUUGUUUCUCAUACUUUACAAGCAAAACAAGAAAUGAAAAAAAUAGCACAAAACUACCAAUAGAAUUGAAACUUGAGUUUGUUCUUACCUAGAUGUAGUCUAUAGUUUUAUGCAGGUCAGUAGAAUCAAUUUUUAUCAAAUCUAAAUGAGGUCCUACAUGGGGUGUAGUGAUUGCGAAUUAUGCAAAAUUUUUGCCGCCGAUUACAAAUUAUGUUAAAUUCUCAGAGCUGAUAAUGAACAAUCACGCGUUAUGACUGAUGUAUUGAUUAAGAAUUACGAUGAUUUUGGGCAGCUGCCUUACGGAUUACGAAGACUUAAAUGGCCUGAUUAUCUCUUACAAAAAUUGCAAAAAUUUUGCUAUGAAAUGUCCAACAAUGGAAGAAAUGAAUUGGCAUAGCUGGAGUCUGCAGGACAAUAGUUCAUGUGUACGUGUAGUUAGAGCUUGGUUGCCAUGGUUACACCAGCUGACAGAGGCACGUGUUAACAGGACACCUGAGUUCCUCUGCUGAGUCAACACCACUGAUUGUCUGCUCUUUACUUCACAAACAUCAGUACACCAGGUACACUCAACACUGGGGUCAGCCCAUCAGACACAUGGGGGAGACAGGGUCCAGGGUGCACCAUCAUUUUUCUAAGACUCAGAGUAAGAGGGUUGGACCAUAUGUAAAGGCUAAAUAAAAUGGAAAUGCACGUCUACAGUAGAGCAAGACAGUAUUAGACAAUAAAACUACACUCAAACUUGCACUGGUGG